AUGCUUCCUACUGCUGCAUCAUCAGCGGCAUCUGCUGCUGCUGGUAACAGCAGCAGCAGCACAACCCAUCCACCAACCACUGCAGCAGGAGCAGGAGCAGCAGCAGCAGCACAAUCUGCUGCUGGUGUAUCUCCUUAUAAAGGUAGUGGUUUAUCCCCUGUGGGGAGUACCAGCUUACCAUUAGAUGCAGGCAGCAGCAGCAGCAGCAAGAUAUCAUCUGCUGUACUUGGUGCAGCAGCAGCAGCAGAUGGUACAUCUGCAGCAGCAGCAGCAGCAGCAGCAGCAGCAGCAGGCCCAGGGGUAUCACCAGAAGACGACGUUCGUUCGUUGCACGGAUCUGCAGCAGCAGCAGCAGCAGGAGAAGAAGUAUUAGAUGCAUCUUCUUGCUGUUUAACGGCAGCAGCAGCAGCAGCAGCAGCAGCAGCAGCAGCAGCAGCAGGAGACAAUGGAGACAGGGACGAUGGAGGUCUACUAUCUGAAUCUUUCUUUGAUCCUGCUGCUGCUAGUAGUCCAUCUGCUUCCUCUGAUCUGCAGCAAGGGGCGCAGCUAGCAGGAUUUAUAUCUCAUGGAUACAGCGUAACUCCUGCUGCUGCUUCUCCUGUUGCUGGUGCUGCUGCUGGAUCAUAUGCUGCAGCAGCAGCAGCAGCAGCAGCAGCAGCUGGUGCAUCUGAUGGUCUUUUUGGCUUAAGAGAAGGACAAUUAUUCCUUCUGCAGCAACAGCAGCAACUGCAGCAGCAAUUAGCAGCAAGCAGCAGCCCACCGCAGCAGCAUCAUCAUCAUCAUCAUCAUCAUCAGCAGCAGCAGCAGCAACAUCAUCAUCAUCAUCAUCAACAGCAGCAACAGCAGCAAUUACAGCAGCAGCAGCAGCAGCAACAGCAGCAGCAACAAUCAUAUAUGUCUGCUGCAUCACCAUCUGUUUCUGUUUCUACUACUACUGCAGCAGCAGUAGCAGGAGGAGGAGGAGGGACAGGAGGAGGAGGAGCAGCAGCAGGAGGAGGAGGAGGAGGAACAGCAGCAACAGCAGCAACAGGAACAGGAACAGGAACAGGGAGGAGAGCAGCAGCAAAGAGACAAUCUCCUCAAUUAUCAUCUAGUUUAGCAGCAAGAAUGAUGGCAGCAGAUACAACAAGACAAGGAAGAAAUAAUAAUGCAGCAGCAGCAGCAGCAGCAGCAGCAGGAGGAGGAGGAGGAGGAGGACGUCCAUCAGCAGCAGCAGCAAGUACACCUGCAACAGCAACAGCAACAGCAGCAGGUGUAUCUUCUUCUUCUUCUGCUGCUGUUGGUUCAUGUUCAAGACAACAACACAGACGUACAGGUGCAGCAGCAGCAGCAGCAGCAACAGCAGCAGCAGCAGCAGGAGGAGAAGAUGUAGAUAUAAUGGAUCAAGAUGAUGAUGAUAAUAGUAUACAAGAAGAAGAAACAACAACAGCAACAGGAGCAACAGGAGCAACAGCAGGAGCAACAGGAGCAACAGCAGCAGCAACAGCAGCAGCAGCAACAGCAACAACAGGAGGAGGAGAUAAUAACAACAACAAUAUAACUUCCUCUAUCCAACAAAAACAACAAGAACAACAACAACAACAAGAUAAACAAGAUAAACAACAACAAGAUAAACAACAACAACAACAAGAUAAACAACACCAACAACAACAGCAACAACAGCAGCAACAGCAGCAGCAACAGCAGCAGCAGCAACGUGGUUCACGUGCAGCAGCAAAGAGUAGUAUUCGUAUAAAUCGUAUAACAUCUCUUCGUCGUCGUAAAGAUCGUCGUCAUUGGCGUGACUCCCUCCCCUCUCUCUUCUCUCCCUCCUCCUCCUCCCCAACAACAACCACCACCAGCAGCAGCAGCAGCAGCAGCAGCAGCAGCAGCAGCAGCAAUAAUAAUAUAUAUUAUAAUCGUAGUGGUUUAUCAAUAAGAAUUAGCGAAUUAAUAGCAAAAAUAAUGAAUAAAAAUCAUCAAAUAAUAUGGAUGGAUAGAAGAGACAAAGAAGGAUUAUUCUCAUUAAAUAAUAUUAUAGGGGAAGAAGGUAUAUUUCUUGUAUGGACAGAUAAAGGUAUUGAUUUCCUUGUUGAGAUACAGCAUCUAUUACCAUCAUGUUAUUGCCCAAUAUCUUGUGGUGGUCGUGAGAGACAGAGCAUGCGUCCUUUUUUAUUAUUAUCCUCUGCCUCUGUCUCCUCGUUAUUUCAUGGUGUAUUAAGGAGACAGGCUGUUCUUGUAUACUCUAAGCCAAAGAUUGUCUCCUUUAGGUCUUAUACUGUAGGAAAAAAGACUAAGGCUGCAUUAGCCUUGUCUCUUCCUCAGACUGACCACCAGCAGCAGCAGCAGCAGCAACAGCAGCAGCAGCAGCAGCAACAGCAGCAGCAGCAGCAACAGUUUAAUGGUAAUAGUAAUGGUGGAGGAGAUGCAACAGUUGCGAUGCAGCAACAAGGAGGAACAGAUAUUAGUAAUGCUGCUGCUGCUGCUGCUGCUGCUGCUAGUGGUAGUGGUGGUGGUGGUAGCAGCAGCAGCACACAAGGAGAUACUCCUCGUAGUGCAGCAGCAGGAGUGUCUCCUCGUGGUGGUAAUAAUACAUGUGUAUCCUUAAUGUCUAAUGAUGGUGGUAGAAGAGGACGUCAAUCUUCUGCUGCUGCUGCUGCUGCUGCUGCUGCUGCAGCAGCAGGAGGAGGAUCAGGAGCAGCAGCAAAUGGUACAGGUGUCUCCUCCUCUUCCCCAGCAGGUAUCAAUAUAACUGCAGCAGCAGCAGCAGCAGGAUCGUCAUCAGCAGCAGGAGGAGGAAUAGAUAUGCAGCAAUUAUAUUUAACAAAAAGAGGAAGAGUAAUAGGAGAAGAUUAUAUAUUUUAUAGGAGAAGAACAUAUGAUGACGAAGGAGCAGCAACAUAUAAAUUAUCUGUUGCUGUUAAGAGACAACCUAAACCCUGCAGCAAACAUCAUUUUAAUUUCUAUUUACCUAAUAAUAAACAAUUAUAUAAUAAUAAUAAUAAUAAUAAUAAUAAUAAUGAGUCUCCUCCUCCUUCUUCCUCUUCUUUUUCCUCUUCCUCAUCAUCAGGAACAGGUACAGGAGGAGAUCCAGCAGUAGCAGCUGCAGCAGCUGCAGCAGCUGCAGCAGCUGCAGCAGCUGCAGCAGCAGGGGUUGUUGAUUCAUCAUCUUCAUCAACUUCUGCUGCUGCAGGAGGAGGAGGAGGAGGAGCAGCAGCAGCAUUAGGCAAUCAAUCUGCAUGCAUGCAUGGAUCUGCAGCAUCUGCAGCAUCAGCUGCAGCAGCAGCUGCAGCAGCUGCAGCAGCAGAACUACAACCAUUAGCAGCAGAAAAAGAAGCACGUAAUCAAUUAGAACAAGAAAAGAAGAAAUAUAUAACAGAAAGAGACAACAAAGGGGGAUGGAGGGGAUGGGCAUUUGCUGAGGAUAAUAUAGAUCUUAAUGGUUAUGAUGAUGUAUUACAGUUACCUGCUGCUCUUGCUAGUGAGGUUAGGGUACUAUUAGGUCUACAACAUUCUAUCAUGGCACAUAGAUGCAAGUAA